GUGUGUGUAGUUUUGUGCUGGUGUGACCGGGAUCAUGGCCGAGUCGGACGAUGCCAUCGACGUGACCUCGUGCAUUUUGGCCACCGGCGGCUUUGAUAACCAGAUUCGCCUCUGGCGCGUAGACAAUGGUUCCUGCCACCGUACCUUCCCCCACCCCAACUCGCAAAUCAACGUGCUGAGCAUUACGCCAGACAAGACGACCAUUGCAGCGGGUGGCAAUCCCAAAAUCUCACUCUACGACACCCUGGCCAUGGGUACCGGCGCGCGUGAAGAAUUUGAGGGUCACCAGAGCAACGUCACAGACCUUUGCUUCUCGGCCGACGGCUCCUUUCUCUCCACCAGCUCUGAGGACGGCACCGUCAAAAUUUGGGAUCAUCGGGCCUCCCGCGAGCACCAACGCAACUUUAAUCACCAAGCCUCCGUCACCAGCGUUGCCCUUCACCCCUCCCUGCCGCAUGUCUUCUCGGGAGACGAGCAAGGGCGUGUUGUGCGCUGGGACCUCAAGGCGAAUCACUGUGAAGAGCAUUUGAUUCCUGAGCCAGACGUAGCCAUUCGUCACUUGGCCACUUCCCCCGACGGAGCCCACCUGGUGGCCGUGAAUAACGAGGGCCGCUGCUACAUCUGGGACAGUUCGCGAAGCGAAUGCCAAGCCAAGCUCAAACUCGACGUGCACCCCAGUACAUAUGCUUUGAGCUGUGUCUUUUCCCCCGAUAGCCGCUGGCUCGUGACAACGGGCGCCGACCAGACAGUUCAUAUUUACGAUGCGCACAAGGACUUUCGCCUUCACGCAACCCUGACCGGCCACACAGCUUGGGUCUGGCGUGCUGCCUUCUCAGGCGACUCGGCCUACCUCGUGACAGUGUCAUCUGACAAGACCGGCCGGCUUUGGGACAUUCGAGCGGACCAACCUGAGACCGUUCUCGAGUUCAAGGGCCAUCAACGCGCCGUUACCGCUGUGGCGCUCAACGACGUCUGAGCGCACAGCCCUCUGUAUAUGAAGAAAACUUUGUAGCCGCUGGUGACCCGAGGCCAAGGCUUGUCCUCACGAUUCAGUUGCUUCGGCCGUGCCGACCACUGAGCACAGUUGUACCCCACCUCAUUUGUUAUGUCAAGUUGUUGUUCUAAGACCAAGGCGCGUUUCAUAGCUUGCACGUCGCGCACAGCGAGCGCCUACACACCCUCGCCCGUAAUGUGUGCGCGGCGCUCGUCCGGCUCCAGCCUCACCUGUGGCUGGGUCUCAAAUCCAUCUCAUGUUUG